GUGUUGUUGUGGGUGACCAUUUUCAAUUGUUGAGGGUCAAUUUUUGAUUCUGACUCUGGGAAUUUCGAGACAAAUUGAAAUCGGGAUUCCUUAAAAUUAAAAACAAAUGGAAAACAAAUAUUAAAUUGAAAAUCCUUACAACUUAAGUAAAUGGCAGAAGCGUUAGCUAAAACAUAAAUUCCACAAUUGGAGCAAACCCAGGCAGUCAGAAUCUAAGGAAGUAGGAGACAAACUGCGUCGUAAAAAUCAAUAAAUGUAACUGUAAGUGGCGGCACGCCCACCAAACAAGGAAUAAAUGUUAAACCGCCCAGUGGCACCCAGUGAGGUUAGAAAGCGUUAGAAGAGAAGCAAGCAACAAGCGUGCCAAAAACAAUGUCGGAUGAGGAAGAUGAAUCCGUGUCGGAGGGUUUCUCGGCCAGUGAGGAUGAAUGGAAACCCAGCAAGGAUGCACGCGGUGGCGAAUCAUCGGACGAUGAUGAUAGCGAUUAUGAUGAGGCCCUGGCCGCCGGAACUGGAGCUGGAACAGGAGCAACUACCGCAAGUGGCAGAUCCUCAGCAGGGGGAUUAAAGAAAAAGGGGGAUUCGAAGCAGCCACUAAGCAAUCUUAAGGGUGGCGCUUCUGUCAAGAAACGCAAACCAACUGGUCAAUCUUUGCGUUCCAAGUUAUACAACAAAUAUCGACCGCCACCCAAGACAUUUUCGACAUCGCCCCAACAGAAUUCGCCAUCAGCUUCGGGUUCAAAAAACGCCAAAACGCCCAAUGAAAGCGAUGCUAAUGCACAUGGAGAUGGAGAUGGAUCGAGCAGCGAUUCCAGUGGUGAUGACCAUUUGGUUAAUCCUGCUGAUCUCGAUUUUGGUUCUAGUUUCUUUUCAACGAACAGGGAAAAGUCACCAGCACCGCCGCAAUUCGAUUGCAAUGCGGGCAUCACUCUCUCCGAUUCUGGUUCCGGAUCCGAGGACAACAACGAGAGCAGCAACAACGAGGCCGAAGAUGAUAAUGCCGCCAGCACCAAGGCAUUCGAUUUUCGUGGCCUGCUCGAGAAUGCCAAUAGCCUGGAGAAGACCAGAGAUGUGUUAGCCAAGAGGGCAACAGCGACACCUCCCACUCAAAAAGUUUCGGUGGCGUCUGCCCAAAUGGAUGUAAAUGCUUUGCUUGCAUUGGGCGAAAAUCAAAAUUACGCUAACGUAAUUGAAGAUGAACAGAAAGGAACGGAGAAUCGUCGAAGACUCAAUCGACAGCCGCCUUCAUUAGAUGGUCCAUCGCGUCUAAGUAAAACCAAAUCGACUCGCAUUAAACGGCAUACAAAGACCCGUCCGGUAUCUACAGUCAUUACCGGAUCUGCUGCUGGAGGCGGUGGCGACUCGGAUGAUUCAGAUUUUGAGGAAGUUGCAGAUGCCGAAUUGAGCAGCGAUUUGGAUGACUCGGCCACCACCCCGAAUAUCUCGGGGGAUUUGGAAAUUCAUGUAGGCGUUGGCACAAUGCGACCCACCAAGGAACAAAAGACUCAACAUGAACUGGAAAUGGCAUUGAAACGUCGUCUCAAUCGGGAUAUCAAGGAACGUCAAUUGCUGAUGCAUAAAGCCAGUUUAAUGUGUUUGCUGUUGCGGAGUAUUAAGUACAAUCGCCUCUUGGGGGACUCGAGUCUAAUGGCACAAGUUCUGAAGCUGUUGCCAAGCAAAAAUGCUUAUCCCACCGAAAGGGGAACUGAAGUAAAAUAUCUUCAGUCAUUUGUCACUUGGUUUAAGACAGCCAUCAAGUUGCUUAGCCCCAAUUUGUAUCCCAACAAAGUGGCCUCUUCGAAAAAAGGUAUAAUCGAAGAGCUUCUUGAGCAGAUCAAGCGUAAAGAAGCACGUUCCAAACAGGAUAUGAUCCUCAUAUUCAUUGUACUUGCACGUGGCAUGGGAAUGAAUUGUCGUUUGAUUGUUAAUCUCCAGCCAAUACCCCUAAAGCCAGCUGCAUCGGAUUUAUUAACUAUCAAAUUGAAGCCAGAUGAUAAGAACAAAUCGGGAACAAUCAAAGAUGAGAAAGAAGAUGAUGAUGAUGAGGAGGAGGACGAUGAUGAUGAACAAGAUGAUAAGAUUAAGAAAUCGAAAACCAAAUCAAAAGCAAACACCAGCAGCACAAAAACCAUCAAGACAGAGGUGGUAAAAGAUGUAAAAUCAAAAGCAGCAGCAACAAAAACCAAAACUCCUGUCAAACAGAUCAAAGAGGACACUGAUGAUGGGAAUAGAAAACCCACCUCAACUUCACUUUUGUCAAAGAAACUCAAAAAAGAAGCGGAACCCAUUAAACCAAUUGCAAGACUCAAGAAACUAGAGCACAAAGAAGAACCUAAACCCGAAAUAAAGCCAAGUACUUCAAAAGAUGCCAUCAAGCCGCAAUUGUCACGGCUCAAACGUAAUGCCAAAAAUGAGAAAUCAUCCACAGAAGAUGAGAUUAAGAAGGCUAAGAUUGAGACUCAAACGCCGCCAGUAGCAAGACGCACACGUCAAAGCAAAAAAGAGACUUCGAUGGCCGAAAGAAUUGGUUCACCUGUGAUACCAAAACUUGUUAUUCCAUCUAGCAGCAAAUCGAGCGAUACUGAGAAUAUCAAAUCCACUCGAGAAACACGCUCGCGUAGCAAAUCUCCAAAAGUUUUCAUAUCACCCACAUUUUUGGCUCAAACUUCACCUAAGGAUGUUGUGGUGGAAACGAAACUUCCUCGAACACGCAGGCAACUCAAGUCCAAGGUUAAUCAGCUGGGUAUACCACAAUUAGAUGGCGCCGAUGAUGUCGAUAUGCCAAAGCCCAAGAAGCGUCCAAAAUUGGAGAAACUAAAUCGAUCGCAUGAAAACAAAAGCAAUACAUCAAGCGAAAUCUUUGAACCACCAAAACCAGUUAAAAAGGCACCAAUUCUACCGAAAUCUGUACAGAAUUUACGCAAGGAUCGUCGUGUUUUGUCCACAGAUGAUGAGGGUACUCUUGGUAAGGAUCGCACAAAGCCCACUGCCUCUGAUAUGUGGGUGGAAGUUUGGUCUGAAGUGGAAGAGCAAUGGAUCUGCAUUGAUCUGUUCAAGGGUAAACUCCAUUGUGUGGACACCAUCAGAAGAAACGCCUCAUCGAAUAUGGCCUAUGUGUAUGCCUUUCAAGAUGAUCACAGCAUAAAAGAUGUCACGGCACGCUAUUGCACCAGUUGGACGACAACGGUGCGUAAGGCACGUGUGGAAAAAGCCUGGCUCGAUGAGACAGUGGCUCCCUAUUUGGGUAGAAGAACUAAACGUGAUAUACGUGAAAAUGAGGAAAUGCGUCGCAUACAUGCCGACAAACCAUUGCCCAAAUCCAUAUCCGAAUUCAAGGAUCAUCCUUUAUAUGUACUUGAAAGGCAUUUACUUAAAUUUCAAGGCAUCUAUCCGGCAGAUGCUCCCACCUUGGGUUUUAUACGCGGUCAGCCGGUAUAUUCUAGGGAUUGUGUUCAUUUGCUGCAUUCCCGUGAUAUUUGGCUGAAAAGUGCUCGGGUGGUGAAACUUGGCGAACAACCAUAUAAAAUUGUUAAGGCUCGACCCAAAUGGGAUAAGUUAACACGCACUGUAAUAAAAGAUCAACCAUUGGAGAUUUUCGGCUAUUGGCAAACACAAGAGUAUGAACCACCAACGGCAGAGAAUGGCCUGGUGCCGCGUAAUGCCUAUGGAAAUGUAGAGCUCUUUAAGGCCUGCAUGUUGCCCAAGAAGACUGUGCAUAUGAGAUUGCCUGGCCUGAUGAGAAUUUGCAAGAAACUUAAUAUCGAUUGUGCCAAUGCGGUUAUUGGUUUUGAUUUCCAUCAAGGCGCUUGUCAUCCCAUGUACGAUGGUUUUGUGGUUUGUGAAGAGUUCGAGGAAGUGGUCACUGCCGCCUGGGAGGAGGACCAAGAGGAACAGAGUCGUAAGGCUCAGGAGAAAUAUGAGGCUCGUGUCUAUGGCAAUUGGAAGAAACUUAUCAGGGGGCUUCUCAUACGUGAACGGCUUAAGAAAAAAUAUAAUUUCUAAACACACAUAUUUUUCGCACACAAUUAAUUUUCAUUUUUCGUAUUAUUUGGUAUUACAUUCAGUUCGUUUUUUUCAGUAAUUUUAUUUUCCAUAUUUUUUUUUAUAUAUAUAUAAGUAUAUGUUUUUUUUGUGUCGUAUUUGAGAAAUAAUUGAAACUUAUUUUGUGUAACUUGUCGAAUAAAAUGAUGUAAUUUAGCUGAGUAAGUUUAUAAUAAGAUAAAAACAUUUAUACACACGCGAAUUAAGAGGAAGAAUUAGAGACAUCGAUAUCGAUUGAUUGAUUGGAAUGCUUCAUUAUCUUUAAUAAAAAAGUAAAACUUAAUGUCAAACAAAUGCAAAUUCCAAAA